AAUCGAAAAUUUGUUCAUGUUCGCGAAAACGAUUGGUUAAAGUGAGGGAGUGAAGGAGUUCGGGCGGGUGGUUCCUUUGCACGUGACCACAGUUAUCCCGAAAUAUUUCAGUGAGUAUCAAUUAAUAAUUUCCAUCCACAGACUCAGCCAUAAUCAUAAUCAUAACUAUAACGAUAGUUAACAGUAGAUAGUUUAUUAGAAAUAUAAUAAAUCAUGUCGAUCCAAUCAAUUGGAUUAAUUCCUCCUCAACCAUCCACAGUUAGAGCCAAUACAGUUCAUCUUUCUUAUGAUAAAGUUCAUGAUAGAAUAGUUUAUCCUAAUGGUAAAUCAAUUAUUGUUAGAUCAGUUGAUCCAAAAUCCAAUGAACCAAUUUUACAAUUUAUUAAACAUGUUCAUCCAACAACUUGUGCAACUUUUUCUCCAUCAGGGAAUUAUGUUGCAUCAGGUGAUGAAUCAGGUAAUGUAAAAAUUUGGGAAGCAAUUAAUUAUGAAGAUAAAGAAAUUGAAAAAUUAAAAGUUAAGAGUGAAUUUCAAAUUCUUUCGGGUCCAAUUAAAUCAAUUGCAUGGGAUAAUGAUAAUAGUAGAAUUAUAGCUGUUGGUCAAGGUAAAGAAAAGUUUGGUCAUUGUUUUACUUGGGAUAGUGGAAAUUCAAUUGGUGAAAUUCAAGGUCAUUCAAGUACAAUUUAUGAUGUUGAUAUUAAAUCUCAAAGACCUUAUAGAGCUGCAACAGUAAGUGAAGAUAAAGCAUUAGUAUUUUUUAAUGGUCCUCCAUUUAAAUUUGAUAAAAGUAUUCGUGGUUAUCAUACAAAUGCAAUUAGAAGUGUUAAAUUUUCUCCUGAUGGGAAAUGGUUAAUUAGUGUUGGAUCAGAUAGAAUUAUUACUAUUUAUGAUGGUAAAACAGGUGAAUAUAUUAAUAAAAUUGAAAAGGCUCAUGAAGGAGGAAUAUUUGCAGUUUCUUGGUUUGAAGAUUCUUUAAAAUUUGUUACAGCUUCAGCUGAUAAUACAUUAAAGAUUUGGAAUAUUGAAACUUUAAAAAGUGAAAAUCAAUUAGGAUUUGAAUCAGAAACAAAUAUAGAUAAUCAGCAAGUAGGAGUUGUUGUAACUAAAGAUUAUAUUAUUUCAUUAACAUUUAAUGGUUAUAUUAAUUAUUUUACAACUGAAAGUACCAGACCAGUAUUAAUAGCUUUAGGUCAUCAAACUGCAUUAACUUCAUUAUUAUAUGUAGAUAAUACUAUAUUAACUGGAGGUUCUGAUGGAAGUAUUUUUAAAUGGAAACAAUUAUCAAAUCUGUUUGAUAUUAUUCCAUCUAAAUUUGGUAAUGGUCAUAGUAAUUAUGUUGCCGAUUUUAUUCAAUUAGAUCAAAAGAUUUAUUCUAUUGGUUGGGAUGAUAAACUUAAACAAUGGGAAAAUAAUUCUGAAUCUAAAAGUGUCCUGUUAUCUCAACAACCAAAGGCUUUAAGAGUAAUUGGUAAAAAAUUAUUAAUAUUAUUUGAAAAUCGAAUUGAACUCUUUAAUUUAUCAUUAGAGAAAGAAAUUGAAUUAGAUUUAGAAUUUUCGGCUGUUGAUAUUGGUAUUAUUGGUGAAGAUAAAGUAUUAGUAACAAAUUUAAGUAAUAAUUCCUUGAAGGAAUAUACUUUAAUUGAUAAUAAAUUUAUUGAAUCUACUACCAAUUAUUCUUCUUUAAGAUCUCCUCCUGCAAUUAUAAGAAUUUCUCCUGAUGGUAAAUAUGGAGCUAUUGCUGAUAAUACUGGGAAGUAUACUUUAUAUGAUGUAAUUAAUUCAACAGUUGUAACAACUCGUUGGGCUUUCCAUAGUAGUAAAGUAAUUGAUGCUAAAUGGACUUCAGAUUCUAAAUUUAUAAUAAGUGGAGGUCUUGAUACUGGAUUAUUAUUAUAUUCAGUUAAUAAACCAUCUAAAGUAUUGAAAUUCCCUCUUGCUCAUCAAAUAGGAAUUUCUGGUCUUGAAUGGUUGAACUAUGAUCCCGAGGCUAAAACUGGUUCCUUUGCAAGUAUUGGUCUUGAUGGAUCUAUAAAAGUUUGGAAUGUUGAUUUCAGUGUCUACUAGAUUUUGAUUAGAUUUUUUUUUAAUAGAUAAAACUAUAUUAACUAAUGAUGAUAUUAAACAAUAUAUAUAUAAUAUAAGUCACAUGGCAAGUACGGGAUGCUUUACAUAAUGUUUUAUAUAUUCACGAGAUGUACAAUAAUAUCAAUAAUUAUUAUCAAUCAUUCAAUAUAUGAGCGUCUUCCUUCCCCGAAUAAGUUUGAAUCCAGAAACUUGUAGAUCAGUAGAUGAAUAGAAAAGAUUGACGAUUGAAAACGAAGCAAACUUUGAAGUAUUGGAUACAGCAGUGGCAUAUUGUAGGAUAAUCCUAGGAAAGCAAGAAUCGAAGAGAAUAAGGAGUAUUAAAUAUUUACAUAGCUUUUGAUUAAUAAUAAAAUGAAUAAUUAUACCGUCCUUAGUGAAAUUAAACGAGAU